CCCCAUUUAUUUCCCAAGCCAUCCCUAUUUAUUUCCCAAACCGUCCCCAUUUAUUUCCCAAACCAUCCCUAUUUAUUUCCCAAACCAUCCCAUUUAUUUCCCAAACCGUCCCCAUUUAUUUCCCAAACCAUCCCAUUUAUUUCCCAAACCAUCCCCCAUUUUUCCAGGCCAUCCCCAUUUUUCCAGGCCACCCCUUUUUUCCAGGCCACCCCUUUUCCUCUCACACCACCCCUCUUUCCCCCGGCCCCAUGGCCUCUCUCCCGCCGCCCCCUCGCCCUGCCGGCCCAGGGCCGCGCGCCCCAUCGCGCCGAAAAAAAGAGCCAUGGCGCGCCGCAUCGCAGCGCCCUUUCUCUCCUCCAUCAGGCCCGCCUCUUUGGAAACCACCCCUCCAUCAGCACCACCCCACCACACCCCGUCCCCGCCGGCAUGAGUGACCCCGCGCCCGCAGCGUGCCGCCGCCUCCACAUCGGCAACAUCUCGCCCGCCCUCAAGGAAAAGGCCGCCGUGCUCAGCUCGCGCUUGGCCAGGUUCGGCCGCAUCGUGCGGCCCCUCGAGCUCCACUCCAAACCCGCCGGCGACCACUACUUCGGCUACGUGGACAUGCAGCUCGGCGACCGCGACUUUGCCCGGCUCCAGGCCGCGCUCCACGGCAUGCUCUACAUGGGCCGCAAGAUCAGCAUCGCGCCGGCCAGGCCCGCCUAUGACCAGGCCUGGAAGAAGGACCACGGCCGGCCGGCCGGCCUGGCGCAGCCGCUCCUCAAAACCAGCGCCGCCAUUGCCGCCGCCCGCGCGGCGCGGAUCCGCGAGGCGGCCACGCCGGCGCCCCGCAACCGCGUGUCCGGCGCGCCGCUCGUCACGACCAGCGUCAUCGGCGCCAACCACUCCAGCAUGGGGUACCAGAAGUCCGCCCACACGUUCCAGGACGCCAGCGGCAACACCAAGCACAAGCCCCCGGCGCACGCGUUGGCCGGCCCGCGCUCGUACGGAUGCACGUUGCAGCCCCGCGCCGGCUUCCGCCAGCAGUACUCGCACACCUCGGGCCACGGCGACGUGGUGCCGGGCCGCGUCCGGAAAACCGCGCGGCCGCCCGCACACUUCGUGCGCCGCCAGCAGACCAUGCGCGUGUUGGUCAACGGCGAGCUCAAGCAGAUCCGCUGCUACAAGACCAAGUUGUGGGGCGUGGAGCUCCGGCCCGUGCGCGCGUUGACCCACGGCUUCGUGGACGGCGCGUGGCGCUCGGGCGACGGCCACGUGGUGGAGCGCAGCGCGGGCCGCGCGCCGGAACCGGGCUGCGGCAUUUCGGGCGCCCAGGCCCUGGGCUACGGCGGCCUGGCCGCGGCUGCCCCGGCGCCCGAGGAGGCCCUGGAGCCCGCGGCUGACGAGCGCUCCAAGAACAACGCCGUGUUGGCCCGGCUCUUCUCCUCGCUCGACUCCCGCAGGCAGGCGCCCCUCGAGCCAGACGAGGCCUCGGACGACGAGGCCGUGUGCUACGACAGCAAGGGCCAGCGGACGGUGCGGCGCUUCGACUUCGAGGCCGAGGGCGUGUUGGCCUUGAGCGGCUCCGACGACGACGCCGCCGCGCCGGAGCCGGCCGCGCUUGCGCAGUACAAGGCCUCCCACGAGCGCCCGCCCGAGGACGUCUACUACUCGGAGAGCGACGAGGGCAACGUCCUCGACAUGGACGACUUGCAGCGGCUGUGCACGACGGAGGCCAUCAAGACGCAGUACGACGAGGAGCACGCGGGCGGCGAGGGCGCGUCUUCCUCGGGUCUGGCCCCCGGUCUGGCCCCCAGUCUGUCCUCCAAUCUGUCCGCCGAUCUGCCAUCCGAUCCGUCAUCUGAUCCGUCAUCUGAUUUGUCAUCUGAUCUGUCAUCUGAUCUGUCAUCUGAUCUGUCAUCCGAUCUGGCCUCCAAUCUGUCAUCCGAUCCGGCCUCAGAUCCGGCCCCCGGCUCCGCCGAGGACGCCGGCGACUCCCAGGACCCGGACCCCGUCGAGAGCGACGAGGACUUGAUGCCCAAGUUCACCGCGCCAGAGGCCCCCAGCACCACAGAGACCCUCCGGUCCUUGUUCAACCAGAGCCAGCAGGACGCGGCCGGCUUCAGCCUCGCGGCCCCCGAAGACGACAUCGACAACGAAAAGCAGGCCGUCGAGGAGGCCGAGCGCCAGCGGCUCCUCGAGCAAAUCAGGUCCAAGCAGGACGAAGAGAAGGCGAGGCUGGACAGCAGGCACACGAACAAGCGCAAGUUCGGUCUUUUCUGGAGCCAUGCCGAGUCGCCGUUCUUGCAGACGCAGACCCAGCUCGGCAAGAUCGGCCUGUUGGGCCAGAGGCUCAGGCUCCCGGGCGAGCCGGACGACGAUGCCUCCAUGCGCGAGCUCGCAGAGGGCGAGGAGGACGACUACGAAAAGUGGUUCUGGUCCGUGCGGGGCGAGGUCGGCCGCGAGUGCAAGAAGAAGAGACGAGAGGCCACCAAGAACAUGAGGAAGAGAAACGUCCGCGCUUAUGUCUAGCCUCUCCCGGCACCGGAAGAGGCUGCGUGAAGCCGGCUUCCGGUGGCACGCAUGGCUCUGUCCACGAAAAGUAUGCACGCAUGGCUCGGUCCACGAAAAGCAAGCAGGCCAUAGGCCCUUGCUGCAAGACGACGAGAAAACUGCAAACCCAGUCUUGAGAUCUAGCGACGUGGCGUUGGUCUGCAGCAGAUCGUUGAUCAUUCCGUCUCGGUGACGCACGGCGAGAAGCGGGGGCCAUGCUUUGAAGAGCCGGAGACCUGUCCAUGUAUCACUUAUACGUGCAUGUUUGCGACUGCACUGCACCAAACUCGACUAAUGUAUGAUUUCCUCCCAGAAAUAUCGUAAAUAUCAAACCCCAUAUGUAUACGGAACCACGCCCAAAGUAAC